UUUCUUCCGUAAACUGAGAAGGUAGAAAGAUCCGGGUGGGGGCUGGCCUUGCACAUAAGAGAGAGAUCUAAAGAGAAAGAGAGACAGAGUGAGGCAAGAAGACAUGUCGGUCAACGGUAGGAGAAGUUGUGGGAGACCCUCUUACUACUACCGACUGCUCCGGAGAUCACGUCUUCAGAGGCAGCGGAGCCUGUCCAGAAGCAGGAACAGGCAACUGAGCCGGGAGUCCCCACCAGAGAGGACUGGGCAGCGGCGUGGCCUGCCCAGCGGGGGGGCAGAGAAGAACCCCAGCAUGGAGCCGGCUGCCACGACGCCGUUUCGUGUCACAGGGUUCCUGAGCCGGCGGCUUAAAGGCUCCAUCAAGAGGACAAAGAGCCAACCCAAGCUCGACAGGAACAGCAGCUUCCGGCACAUUCUACCUGGCUUCAAGAACGCGGACAAUGAAAGAUCCCAUCUAAUGCCCAGGCUGAAGGAAUCUCGCUCCCACGAGUCACUGCUCAGUCCAAGUAGCGCUGUGGAGGCCCUGGAUCUCAGCAUGGAGGAAGAAGUGGUCAUUAAGCCCGUUCAUAGCAGCAUCCUGGGGCAGGAUUUCUGCUUCGAGGUGACGACGUCGUCCGGGAGCAAAUGCUUUUCCUGCCGCUCUGCAGCAGAGCGGGACAAGUGGAUGGAGAACCUGCGCCGUGCUGUGCACCCGAACAAGGACAACAGCCGGCGGGUGGAGAACAUGCUCAAAGUGUGGAUUAUCGAAGCCAAAGACUUGCCAGCCAAGAAGAAGUACCUGUGCGAACUCUGCCUAGACGAGGUCCUCUACGCAAGGACCACAUGCAAGUUGAAAACGGACAAUGUCUUCUGGGGGGAGCACUUUGAGUUCAACAACCUCCCAUCCCUGAGGGGCAUCACGGUCCACCUGUACAAGGAGACCGACAAGAAGAAGAAGAAGGACAAGACCAACUUCAUUGGGCUGGUCAGCAUCCCAGCGGGCUCUGUCACGGGCCGGCAGUUUGUGGAGAAGUGGUACCCUGUGGUGACACCCAACCCCAGCAAGGGCAAGUCCGGGGGGCCCAUGAUCCGCAUCAAGUCACGCUACCAAAGCAUGAGCAUUCUCCCCAUGGAAAUGUACAAGGAGUUUGCCGAGUACAUCACCAACAACUACAUGGUCCUCUGCUCAGUUCUGGAGCCAGUCCUGAGUGUGAAGAACAAGGAGGAGAUGGCCGCGGCCCUUGUCCACAUCCUGCAGAGCACAGGGAAGGCCAAGGAUUUCUUGACGGACCUCAUGAUGUCCGAGGUGGACCGAUGUGGCGAAAAUGAGCACCUUAUUUUCCGAGAGAACACCCUCGCCACGAAAGCGAUCGAGGAGUACCUGAAGCUGGUGGGGCAGAAAUACUUGCAAGAUGCCUUAGGCGAGUUCAUCAAGGCACUGUACGAAUCGGACGAAAACUGUGAGGUGGAUCCCAGCAAGUGCUCCUCUUCAGACCUCCCAGAGCAUCAGAGCAACCUGAAGAUGUGCUGCGAGCUGGCCUUCUGCAAGAUCAUCAACUCGUACUGCGUCUUCCCGAGAGAGCUGAAGGAGGUCUUCGCCUCGUGGCGCCAGGAGUGCAGCAGCCGUGGCCGCCCAGACAUCAGUGAGCGACUGAUCAGCGCCUCCCUGUUCCUCCGCUUCCUCUGCCCGGCCAUCAUGUCGCCCUCCCUCUUCAGCCUCCUCCAGGAGUAUCCCGAUGACCGCACAGCCCGCACCCUGACCCUGAUCGCCAAGGUCACGCAGAACCUGGCCAACUUCGCAAAGUUUGGCAGCAAAGAAGAAUAUAUGUCCUUCAUGAACCAGUUCCUGGAGCACGAGUGGACCAACAUGCAGCGGUUCCUGUUGGAGAUCUCCAAUCCAGAGACUCUAUCUAACACGGCCGGUUUCGAAGGCUACAUUGACCUGGGCCGUGAACUCUCCACCUUACACUCUCUGCUCUGGGAGGUUGUGAUUCAGCUGGACCAGAGCACAGCAACAAAGCUUGGACCCUUGCCGCGCAUUCUGAGGGACGUCAAUUCGGCCCUCAGCAACCCGUCCUGUGUGCAAGUCUCCGUCACAGCAGAUCAUGCUGCCUCGACGCCCAACGCCAGCAACAGCAUAUCUGUGGGGCUGCAGAAGAUGGUGAUCGAGAACGACUUAUCUGGUCUGAUAGAUUUCACACGGUUACCGUCUCCAACCCCUGAAAACAAGGACUUGUUUUUUGUCACAAGGUCUGCGGGGGCCCAGCCCUCACCUGCCCGGAGCUCCAGCUACUCGGAGGCCAAUGAGCCCGAUGUCCAGAUGUCCAACGGCAGCAAGAGCCUCUCCAUGGUGGACUUGCAGGACAGCCGGGUUCUGGACGGUGUGGCCGCCCUCCCGGGGCCGGCUGACCCACUCGGCGAUGGGCCCCCCUCCAUCGGGCAGGCCCCGGGCCCCUGGGGCACGCGGACUCAGCAGAACGCCGUGGCCGCCAUGGCCACCGUGCGCCGGGCGGGCCAGACCCCCACGACACCCGGCGCGGAGGGCACCCCCGGACGGCCCCAGCUCCUGGCGCCCCUCUCCUUCCAGAACCCUGUGUACCAGAUGGCAGCAGGCCUGCCCCUCUCGCCCCGCGGGUUGGCGGACUCGGGCUCCGAAUGCCACAGCUCCCUCAGCUCCCACAGCAACAGCGAGGACUUGGCAGCGGUGGGCAAGCAUGGCUUCGCCAACCCCGUUGUGGUUGCCGCCGCGACCGAGGACUUCAACCGGCGGGCAGGGGAGCUGGCCCGCCGGCAACUCUCACUUUCGGACAAGGGUGGGCAGCCCACCAUGCCCCGGCAGAACAGCGGGGGGCCCCAGAGGCGGAUAGACCAGCCGCCCCCGCCCCCACCACCCCCGCCAGUGACUCGGGGCCGGACGCCGCCCUCACUGCUGAGCACGAUGCAGUACCCACGCCCCUCCAGCGGGGGCAUGCUCUCCUCCUCGCCCGACUGGCCGGGCAGCGGGGCACGGCUGCGGCAGCAGUCCUCCUCCUCCAAGGGCGACAGCCCAGAGAUGAAGCAGCGAACGGUGCAUAAGCAGGCCCCUUCUCCUGUGAACCCCAAUGCCCUGGACCGCACAGCCGCUUGGCUUUUGAAUAUGAACGUGCAGUUUUUAGAAGAGGAGAGCAGUGACUCAGAACCCAAGCACAGGGAUAAGAUCCGGAAUAAAGAGGAGUUCGGCCAAGGGGAAAAGCAGUAUCAGCAGGACGUGGUGGUCCUGCAGGACAAGCUGCGCAUCUCGAACAAGAAGCUGGAGGAGUACGAAGCCCGCUUCAAGUGCCAGGAGGAGAAUACGCAGAAGCUGGUGCUGGAGUAUCAGGCGCGGCUGGAGGAAAGCGAGGAGCGUCUGCGGCGGCAGCAGGAAGACAAGGAGAUUCAGAUGAAGGGCAUCAUCAGCAGGCUGAUGUCAGUGGAGGAGGAGUUGAAAAAAGAUCACGCAGAAAUGCAGGCAGCUGUGGACUCGAAGCAGAAGAUCAUAGAUGCACAGGAAAAGCGCAUUGCCUCACUGGAUGCAGCCAAUGCCCGGCUCAUGAGCGCCCUCACCCAGCUGAAAGAGAGGUACAGCUCGCAGACCCGUAAUGGGAUCUCCCCUACCAACCCAACUAAAUUGCAGAUUACCGAGAACGGCGAAUUCCGAAACAGCAGCAAUUGUUAACCCGGUGGGAGUUGGCGGCUGCUGCUGAGGGAGAUUGAGAGGAAAGGAGAGAGGAAGGAGAGGAGAGGAGAGGAGGAGGAGGAGGAGAGAAAGAGAGGAGA